AUGGAAACGUUUAGAAUGGAUGAAUUUUCUAAAGGUCUCGCAUAUGGCUUAAUGGUCGGCAUACCACCGAUAUAUGGUAUUUAUACUGGUAUUGUCGGACCAAUGAUUUACGUUUUUCUUGGAACAUCACGACAUGCAUCGACCGGUGCAUUUGCAAUUAUUGCCAUGAUGGUUGGAUCAGUAAUUGAGCAAUCAGUAACCGAACUAACACCAAUACACAAUGAAACGGAUCAACUUUGUUGCUCCAAAAUAACUCAAAAACCGGACACGGAAAAAGCCAUUCAAUUAUCAUCAUUGAUUGCAUUUUUUGUCGGUAUAAUACAGGUUAUCUUAGGACUUUUAAACGCUGGUUUAUUAGCUGUUUGGCUAUCUGAUCAGCUUGUGGAAGGAUUAACAUCUGGUGCAGCGAUACAUGUCCUCGUCAGUCAACUUCAAACAAUGACUGGUGUCAAAAAUGUACCGCAUACAUCUGAAAUGUUCGGAAUCAUUCGAGUGAUAUUUUCCAUUUUUUUGUGCUAUUUUGCAACCGGAACACCGUUCGAUUUACGUUUACACAUUGUUGGUGAUAUCGAUGCCGGAAUGCGUGCACCGUUUCUGCCGGAUUUUAGUAAAACCGGACAAAUUAUUUUUUCUGCUUUUUCAAUUGCUAUCGUAUCAUUUGUUAUACAUAUAGCACUGGCAAAACUAAUUGCCAAAGAGUAUAAAUAUCAAAUUAAUGUUAAUCAGGAAUGGUUAGCAUUGGGUAUAAUGCAUAUUGUUGCAUCAUUUUUUGGUUGUUUUGCUGGCGGUUCAUCCUUAAGUAGAACAAUAACAAGCGCAAAAUUGAAAACUAAAUCACAGCUAACAACAUUGGUAGUGGUAAUAAUAUUAUUAAUUAUUGCAUUUGGAGCUGCACCUUUAUUCAAGUAUUUACCUAAGACGAUAUUAUCGUGUAUUGUUGUGGUUGCUAUGAAAGAAUUGUACUUAAAAAUAUGCUGGUCACGAGCACUUUUUCAAGAAUCGAUCGUUGAUUUCUUCAUAUUUUUGGUAACAUUUACAGCGGUUGUUCUGAUAAAUGUUAAUAUUGGACUUGCAAUUGGCGUUGUUUUUGCUCUUCUUACUGUCGUCUUACGAUCACAGUGGGCAGAAAGUACGUGUAUGGGACGUAUUCCGGGAACAUCAGAUUUCAAAGGUAUUGGUCAUUAUCGCGCGGCUAUGGAAAUUUCGGGUAUUAAAGUAUUCCGAUUCGAUGCACCAUUGUAUUUUGCAAAUGCUGAAUUAUUCUUAUCAAGCAUGCAUAGCGCAACAGGCCUCGAUCCGUUAAAUAUUGUAGCAAAGCUUAAGCAAACAGCUGAUGAAAAGAAAAAAGCGACAGAUGAUACUAUCGAUAAACGAAAUGAAACUGCAAAUCAUGACGAAGAAAUUCAGCUGACAGUACGACGACACUGUAUUCAUCCACCGAAACGAACUAUUGAAAGAGCUGAGGAAGCAGAAGAUUUAAUCCAAUUGACACAUAUCAUUGUCGAUUGUUCAUCAUUUCCAUAUAUUGAUCUAAUGGGUGUUGAUGCGUUAGCACGAGCACAUGCCGAAUAUAAGGCUAUCAAUAUUACUGUAUUUUUUGCUUGUUGCAAAG